CCACUGGAGAGCAGGACCCGGUCCAACCCACUGCGCCACCGCGCCCCCCUUCGGUUUUGUAGGUAUUGGGGGCGCAAGUCCUUUGUCCUUCCUGUAAAUAGGGAAAUCAUUGUAAAGUUUAUCUGGCACAGUCGCCUUGAAUAAAAGUGUUAGGUGAGUGAAUAUUUCAAAACACAUCCACCCGUUACCAGCAUAAGGUUUGUCCUCCUAGGGCUUCCGUAGCGUGAACACAACAAUAAAGAGUAACGUCACUAAGAAACUGCACCGGGCCUCGUGCGAAGCGGAUGUCCACGUGGGGAUACCGGAAGUGGCCGUGUUACUGGUGGAGUCUGUGUCAAGAAUAGCAACGGCAAGAGUGUCCACGAUGAGUUCUCUGCUCGUGGAGGCGCUCGUGUCGAAUUGCUCGGACCCUCGUGUGGUUCUGAACGCGCUGUGCUGGUCCACAGACACGUGUCCGGAACCGGAGCGGGUGGAAGGGCUCGCUGUGUUAAUGGGCAAAAUGGCUAAAUUGCCGGGGUACCGCGACUCGCGCGAGGCGGGCUCCGCGGAAAGAGCGGACUUCCAGCGGAGGGUCGCGGACGUAGCGUGGGAGCUGUGCGUGCCGCUGCUGUGCAGGCUGUGCCGCGAGCGCGAGUGGGUGAGUUCACAGGAGGAGGAACAGGAAGGUGGGACUGCUGAGGGGCGGAGGAGGGAGCUGCUAAGUGCGGCGUGCCGCCUGCUGGGGGUCUGCGUCCGGGUGUGUGGCCCGGAGCUCUCGGAGAGGCUGGUGCGCUCAGCGCUGCCGGCGCUGCGGCCGCCCGAUGCCGAUGUUGACUGCGAUGCGGCGGCCGCCGCCGGGGGAAACGCUCCGUGUCCGGGGCGCUUGGACGCGGACGUUGCCGUGGAGCUGCUCGCCGCAGUGUCCCCCGCACUGUCGCCGCGACAGCCGCCCUGCGCGGAGCUCCUCUCCUCCCUCCUCGACUUCCUGAAGUGGAGCCCGGACCCCCUGGCCUCCAAAGCCUUGGUGCGCGUGCUCCUCGCGCUGCUCCGCGACGACGACGAUGACGAUGACGAAGGCACCGAAAGGCACCUGCUGCUCGAGCGCUGCUGGGCGGAGCUGUGCGGCUGGCGCGCGUCCGCGCUGACGGCGCGCGCCCUGCUGUGUCUCGCGGCGCUCUCGGACCGCCUGUUUCCCCGCGCGACGGCGGCGGCGGGGUCCCGACCCGGGCGCUGCGAUCCCUGGCGGUCGGAGCCCUUCUGGAAGAUCGUCCAAGAGGGAGUGACGCUGAGGGACGCGGUGUCCCGCAAAAGGGCGGUGUUUCUCCUCAAGAGGGGCGUGGCCGCGGCGCAGGAGGAGGCGCUCGAGGUCCGCAGCGCGCAGGCGACUGACACGAACGACAGUUUAUUCCGGUGGGUGCCCAGCAAGAGCCAUCUUCUCCGGGAAUUCUGGGAGGACUACACUUUAGUCAUGGAGACCCUGGAUGAAAACCAGAUUCAUGUGGUCCGGCCGGUCCUCAAUAGGAUUAACACACUGAUUGAGACUACAGUGAGCAGCAGUCAAGGUGCCACCUUGCUUCACCCCUCCUGGCUGCUGUGUGUGUAUCAGCGCAUGUUCCACAGCGAGAACAAGGCAGUGAUGAGGGAAGGGGUGUGCCACCUGCUGCAGCUGGGCAUGCUGUGCAGACCCAGCUUCGCCCUGGCCUUUGCGCAGUUCAUUGUGGGUCCUUUCAUGGAUGUUCUUGCUGAGAGUUCACUGUUUCACAGGUCACCUGGGCAGAGCAUUGGGGAGUGUCCUGACCUGGGGACCAGGCUGCAAGGCUUCAUGAUCAGUUUCUUUGGUGGACUGCCUCAGGAGAAGAGAAGUGGUGUCCUGCUGCAGCUGAUCCGGCGGCUGGCGUCUCGCCACUGGGGCGCCGUCCCCAUCCUGUUCCUAGCCCAGGCCUUGUCCCGGAUCCCACCCGGCCCCAUUCUUGGACCCGACGGCUUACAGGCACUCAGAGAGGUGUUACAAUCCACCAUGAUCACUCACCAGGUCCUUCUUCGAGGAGCUGCACAGUGUUUUCUUCUGCAGAGCACCCUUUCUUUGACCGAUGUGAGCUCCAUGACCCUGACCGAAGUCUUUAGCUUCCUAACAAACUUCCGCGUAGAGGAGUCGUUAUGCCGUGGGACAGCUCUAUGGGACCAGGUGUGUGACUGGCUUCUGGACAAUGAGAGGAGCUUUAAACCGGACCCGCAGCUUGAGCCACCGACCGAGAGUGUUAAUGUAGCCCUUGACAGAGAGCCAGUCCAGGGAUUUGUUUACACCCAGCUGAAGGCUUUUCUCAGAGUCCCACCCUGCUCUGAGCCCACAGGUAGCCUGCCGGACCCUUGGGAUGCAGAGCUCGUAGCCCGCGUAGUCUUGCUGUCAGCAGACGUGGCGAAGAGGAGACCUGGGGGGUUGGCUACAGAGGGGCUGGAGGUGUUGCUGCACCCCUUGAUGGACAUCCUGCGCAGGCUCAGCACUAACGCCUACGUGCCCCUGCGCAAGGCCGACCGGAGCCUGCAGCUGUUGGUGCGAGUGCUCCAGCUGCGACGCGGAGGAGACAGCUGGGAUGCGCAGACACGGGCGGACGACAAGGUUGCGAGCACCAUCGAGAGGUGUGUGCUGGGCGUGACUGAGCAAAUCCAGGAGUACAUUCUACGGAGGCUGAGUGGGGAGCUGUGUGAGCUCUGUGAUGUGGAGCGAGCCGAACUGUACCAUUCAGUCCUGAUGGAGCUGGUCCACAUGUACACCUGUGUUGGGUGGCAUCGCACAAGCCGGUUAGGAAGUUUUGUUCCAACGCUGACGCGACGCUGCCUGCGGAUCCUGACAGAGCCGCUAGAGAAGAAUUGCACCGUGCGUGGACAAGUGCGAAGGGCUGUUUCCAUGGCAUCACUUGCACUUCUCUGUCAAGUGGGGGAGAGGCACAGACCGGACCUUCAUCCCGAUGCUGUGUGUGCCCUGUCUUCCGUGGCCAAGCUGUUUUAUUCCUCUAACUCCUCAGUGGCGCACCUUAACCAAAACCUGCCAAAGCCAGCGGUCACUUCUGAUUCCCUGGACGGGGGCCCGCAGGAGCAUCUGUCCUUCGAGGGCUGGGGUCGUAUGGCCGCACGCUUUGUGCGGGACCAGUGGACCUGCCUGAGGUUCCUGCUCAACGCCAACAUCGUGUCGGAAGUCGCAGAGCUCCCCCCGGCAUCUCUCACUCUGGAAGCUGCAGUGGAGGCAUUGGGCUUGCUGCCCAGUGACCUGGUGUUGCCUGUGCUGGACUGCAUGGUGGUGCUGCUGCCACAGCAGGUGGCACAAGUCAAGGAAAGCCUAUGUGUGGAGGCAGUAAUGUUGGCUCUGACGGUUGUGCUGGGUCUCAGCAGUAACCCCCAUGACUUCUGGCCUUCUCUGGAAGGAUUUAUACGUUUUGCUUUCACCCGUGGGGUACUGGAGCUCGCUGACGCCGAAGCCCCGAGGCUCACAGCCACUUUGCAGCAGGUGGCCUCCGAGCUGAUGGAGCUGUCUCAGACCAAGACGGGGGUGUUCAACGUGCUGAUCCGGCACUGCUGCCACUCCUGGCUGAGCCCUGACCAGAGGAACGGAAUCCAAGCACACGUCCUGCUCCCCAGUGCGCUCUCGCACCUGGAUAUCCUAGCAGAGGCUUGUGUCCAUGGGCCUGUUUUCAGGAAAGAUCAGAGGUUGAUCCAGGAAAUUCAGACAUAUGUGGAGCAGCUGGGCGGGAAGUGUACGGCGAAUGCCGUUGUCACCAGUGACGGCAGAGAUGAACAGUUCCCUCGUCUGCGUGUGCUGGCCUUUCUCAGCCAGCUUGAGGCCUCCCAUCCCCUUCACCAGCGCCUGAUCGAGGAGCUCGUGCUGAGGCUGCUGAAAAAGGAUGAGGAGAUAUCAAAGUCGAAAGUACGUUACUAUGGCAACUCCCUGCAGCAUCGGGUGAAGAACCGGGUGUGGCAGACUCUUCUGGUGUUGCUGCCAAAACUGAGCAAGGAGUUUGUGGUGACUAUCCUGAGCCGCGUGUAUGAGGCUGGCUUCUGCAGCAACCAGGCCUCUGUUAAGUACCUGGUAGAGUGGAUGAUCAUUCUCCUCCUCCAUCGCCACCCUGGGCUCAUGGACAGUUUGUGGAAAUGCUUUGGUGUGAAUCAAGAGAAGACCAAGACAAGUAUCUGUACCUUUCUAUCCGUGUUGGUGCACCUGAAUGUCCUUCUGCCCAACGUACAGGACAAGGUUGGGCUGUGGCGGAAGGCUCUGGAUGUAAUUUUGCAGUGGUGUUUCAGCCACAACUUCAGCAUUCGCCUCUAUGCCCUGCUAGCCCUAAAGAAGGUGUGGAACCUCAAGGAUGUGAGAGUAAACACUAAAGAUGUGGCAGGUGGUCCCGAUGGGUUGGGGGGGCUUGCAGCUGUGGUUCAGGCCUGUCUACAGCAAGCUGAAGCCAUGCAGACCACAGGGAAUGCAGUAAAGAACUGGACCAGAAUCCAGGACCACUUCUUUUUCGGGACUUUUCAUCCUCUGAAGGACUAUAGUAUUGAAACCAUAUUCUACACCUUCCCUAGCCUGUCAGAGUUGGCUGAUGAUGAAUGGAUUCCAGUCUGGAAAUUUGAAAGACUAGUGGAAUUUCCCCAGAAUUCUGUGCUUCCAUUGCGGAACCCAAGGCAGGACCUGAGCCAACUGCAUCCAGGGGACUGGGUCCAGCAGGACAAAGUGGAGGCGGAACGGGAAGAGCGAUGGGCAGAGGUGCAGAAGAAGAUGACGCCAUGGAGACUGAGCAUCCAGGAGCAGGACCCUGAGCUGCAACUUGCCCUCCAGCAGAGGGCUGCCCGCCUGGGCAAGCGCCACAGUGCCCUCCUGGUGGUCGCCUCACUCAUCGACAAGCCCACCAACCUGGGUGGCCUGUGCAGGACUUGCGAGAUCUUUGGCGCCAGCACUCUGGUGUUAGACAGCCUUCGUCAUGUCAGCGACAAGAACUUCCAGGCUCUAAGUGUGUCGGCUGAGCUCUGGCUCCCCUUGUUGGAGGUCAGGCCCACAGAUCUAGUUGACUUCCUGCAGCUGAAGAAGAGGGAGGGCUACUGCAUUGUGGGAGUGGAACAGACUGCAAACAGCCAAAGUCUGCAAGGUUACAGAUUCCCUGCAAAGACCCUGCUGCUGCUGGGCAAUGAACGCGAGGGCAUCCCGGCCAACCUGCUGCAGCUGCUGGACGUGUGUGUGGAAAUACCGCAGCAUGGUGUCACCCGAUCCCUCAACGUGCACGUGAGCGCCGCCCUGCUGGUGUGGGAGUACACGAGACAACACCUGAGUUCUGGGGCUCAGAUCGCGGAAUCGUGACGCCUGACAUUUCAAAUGACCUCAAGGGCCCUUGACUCCUGAUGGAGAGCCCCAGGAUCUAUGAACUAAAGCUGGGGAAUCCAGGACUCCGCCCAGAGAAACUGGUUGAUACUGCUGUGAAAUGCAUAUGUUUUAUUGGGUUUAUUUAUACGUUCCAGCUUCUUACCCUGAAUGCUGAGCUUUGCUAUACGUCCCAUUGUUUGAUGGAAGCAACUGGUUAGAAGCUGAUCUUAAAGAGCUAUUUUUUAAUAAAUGUCUUAAUUCUGUCAAAUAUAUGACAUUUCU